AAAAGCAAGUGUUUCGGUUGUUUGGUUAUGUUUACAUUUUCUCUGAAACAGUUCAGAAACAUAAACUAUGAGCAAGUCGAAUAGAAAUUCCGGCUCGAAAAACCAUCGAAAGAAGCAGAAUCGAAGCAGACCUCAUCGACACAAUGAGCACAAAAGUUUAGCUGAAAGGGCAUCGGAUCUGGCCAUAUCAUCGUCCGGAUCUGAUUCUUCAUCACAGUCUGACGAUGAUGAACAAAGUGAAGGAUCGCCACCACAAUUCAAAAUUGCAAUGUGGGAUUUGAAUCAAUGCGAUCCAAAGAAAUGUUCCGGCAGAAAACUGGCACGAUAUGGACUGAUAGACAAUUUACGCUUGGGGCAACGUUUCCCUGGUCUGGUACUAUCUCCAGUCGGUACGCAUUGUGUCAGUCCAGCUGAUCGGGACAUCAUUGAAUCAUUCGGUUUGGCUGUAGUGGAUUGUUCAUGGGCGAAAUUGGAUGAAACUCCUUUCGAUCGAAUGCGAAGUAAUCAUCCGAGAUUGCUUCCGUUCUUAGUUGCAGCUAAUCCGAUAAAUUAUGGUCGACCUUGUAAGCUGAGUUGUGUGGAGGCUUUAGCUGCGGCAAUGUACAUCAUUGGUUUGAAAGACGAGGCCAGAUGGUACCUGAGCAAAUUCUCUUGGGGACAUUCGUUCAUCGAUCUAAACCAAGUGUUAUUGGACAAAUACGCUGCGUGCAAGGACAGUAAAGAAAUACUGCAAGCUCAGGACGAAUACAUCAAAACCGAAGAGGAGGAGCGAAUCAAACGACGAAACGAAUCUUACUAUCCCGAAUCCAGUAGUUCAUCGGAUGAAAGUGAAGAGCCGACAGAGGACGAUAAUGGAGGUGCGUCGGCAGCGGUGUCGCAAAAAACGUAGUCCACAGUUUUUGGUUUUUGUACGGAUUUUUAUUGUAAAGUAAAUUGGUUAAAGAUGAAAAUAAAAUAUUCCCCCGAAACGAUUAAUCCCAA